AUGGUCGACGCCAACGCUUCCCUGGACGGCCCCCUCAACGGCUCGGAGUCCUGGCCCGCCCGGGGUCCCGGGGAGGGCCUGGCCGUGUCGGCGCUGACCGGCGCGGUCCUGUCCCUCAUGUGCCUGGCCGGGGCGGCCGGCAACGCCUACACCCUGGCGCUGAUGCGGCGCGCCCUGCGCCCCAGCGCUUCUGUCUACGUCCACGUGGUCAACCUGGCCCUGGCUGACCUCCUGUACCUCUCCACCGCCCCCUUCAUCGUCUACAGCAGCCUGGUGAAGGACUGGGCGUUCGGGGAGGCGGGUUGCAGGGCCCUGCUGGCCCUGGACCUGCUGACCAUGCACGCCAGCAUCUUCACCCUGGCCCUCAUGAGCCUCGAGCGCCACGCGGCGGUCACCCGGCCCCUGGAGGCCGCCACCCGCCGGCCCAGGGCCCCCCGGGGCCUGCUGGCCGGCCUGGUCUGGCUGGCCUCGCUGGGUCUCAGCCUGCCCAUGAUGGUGACCAUCCAGCUGGAGGAGCGGGAGCUGGGGGGAGGUCCGGCGCGGCGGCUCUGUACUCCGGGCUGGAGCGAGGACAGCAACCGGCUCUACCUGACCCUCCUCUUCGGCACCAGCUUCCUGGGCCCCGGCCUGUUGAUCGGCUACCUCUACGCCGGAUUGGCCAGGGCCUACUGGUGGGCCCAGACUCGGGCUCCGGUCCGGCGCUCGCCCAAGCUGCGGGUGGUGGGGCUGGUUUUCGCCAUCGUGCUGACCUACUGGGCCUGCUUCCUGCCCUUCUGGGUGUGGCAGCUCUUCCCACUCUACGCCCCCAGCUUCCGCCUCUCCUUCGGGGCCCAGAGCCGCAUCAACGACCUGGUCACCUGCCUGACCUACGGCAACAGCUGCGUCGACCCCUUCCUCUACACCCUGCUGACCAAGAACUACCGGGAGUACAUGAGGGGCCGCCAGAGGAGGGCCGGGGGAGGGGGUGCCGGGGCCGCCGCCUUCCGCAAGGGCCGGGCGGGAGUCCCCACCACCCCGCCGGCGAGGCCCGCCCCGGCCGAGCGGCCCGACGCGGCGGAGGCGCAGGUAGGCGGGGUUUGA